AUGGUUAAUACAAACGACGAGAUAGAUCCUCCACCACCUCCUCCUCCAAGGAGGACGCUCAAAGAUCUAACAUCUCCAUCGUUUGAUCAACAAAAGCUUUGCAUCAACUUAGAUGAUUCUAUUGAACUUAAAUCUCAGUUGAUACAUUGGUUACCGAAGUUUAAAGGGUUACCUGGAGAUGAUCCGAAUAAACACUUGCUAUUAUUUCAACAUAGGUUGACAAGUUUGAAACCAAUUGGAAGUGACAAAGACAGAGCUUUACUUACAACUUUUCCUUUUUCUUUGACAGAUUCUGCGGAAGAGUGGUUUUACAGCCUUCCACAAGGAAGUGUUACAUCUUGGAAUGACAUACAGAAAGUGUUUUUAGAAAAGUACUUCCCCGCUUCCAAAGCAUCAACUAUUUGUAAAGCAAUAAGUGGAAUUGAGCAAAUUGUUGGUGAAACUCUUUAUGAUUACUGGGAACGAUACAAGAAGUUAUUAUCUAGCUGUCCACACCAACAAAUCAGUGAGCAACUCAUAGUGCAGUAUUUCUAUGAUGGGAUGCUUCAAUCGGAGAGAAAUCUCAUAGAUGCGGCUAGUGGUGGUGCAUUAACCAAUAAAACAAUUGAUGAAGCCACGGCACUGAUCGAGAACAUGGCUGCAAACACGCAACAAUUUAAUACAAGAGGCGCAUCGAUAGCUAGAAGAGUCAACGAAGUUAGUUCUUCUUCACAUUUAGAAGAUAUGAUGGGUAAUAUGGAGAAGAUGAUGCAACAAAUGGCAUCCGUUCUCAUUCCUUCUUAUGAAGAAGAGGCCGAACAAGUGAACGUUGUGUUUCCAAAUCAGAGGCAAAGUUAUGCAAACAAGCAAGAUGCAGUUUCCAACCCCUUUUUCGGACGACAAGGUGGUUUUAAACAAUCACAAUUCCAACCACAACAUCAACAACAUAUUCAAAGCUCAAGUUUAGAAGAGAUGAUGAAAGCCAUAAUGCAGAAACAAGAUGCAAUAUUACAACAUAACACACAUUAUCAACAAAAGAACGAUGCUACUGUCAAAGAUCUAUAA